ACCGCCGUUCUGAGACCAAAUCCGCAUCUUCAUAUCUAUUUCUUGUGCAAUUGUUUAUUUUUCUUAUCUAAUUGAAGAACUGAAUUCCCGUUUAAAUACUGGACAAGUGUCAAGAGCUAAUGGCGGUGCGUGGAUGGAAUAACGUGCGAUGUAUCCAAACAUCAACUAGAGGAUUUUACAACACACGAACAUUAACUACUGAUUCGAGGAACCGUCUAUCCAAGUUUUGGGCACCAACCGGAGGCAUCUCAACACAAGAUGGCGAAGAUGACUCCCAGGCCCUCUUGAUAAAAGGAGGUUUUAUACGCCAGGCACAUUCUGGAGUCUAUCACAUCCUGCCACUCGGUCUACGCGUUCAGAACAAGCUGGAGAGUCUGAUCGAUAAGCACAUGACAUCAAUUGGUGCCUCCAAGCUUCUCCUAUCAUUCAUCAGCACAGAAGAGCUAUGGCGCAAAUCAGGUCGCUAUUCCGCCAAUUCGGAGCUACUACGGGUUCAAGACAGAAGGGAUUCCGGUUUUCUGUUGUCUCCAACACAUGAGGAGGAGAUCACUUCUCUGGUGGCUAAUGUAGUACAUUCGUAUAAAGAUCUACCUCUGCGGCUGUACCAGAUCGGACGAAAGUAUCGAGACGAAAGGAGGCCGAGAGGCGGUCUAUUACGUUCGAAAGAGUUUCUGAUGAAAGAUUUGUAUACGUUCGACUACUCAGCUGAGCAUGGGCUGAAAACGUACGAAGCUGUACGUAUGGCGUACGCAAACCUCUUCAAUGAGCUAAAGGUUCCAUACCUCGUUGCUGAGGCCGACUCUGGUAACAUGGGCGGUAAACUAAGCCACGAGUACCAUUUCAUAUCCCCCAGAGGCGAGGACAAUGUUUGGUCCUGCAACUCAUGUUCGUAUGUUGCCAACGAGGAACUGGCCGAGAAGAAGAUUGAAGAGGCUGGUAGCUCGAAGAGCGAACCUCUGGUUUUCACGGGUAUCAGCUCCGAUCGGACGACUAAAGUCACUAUCAAAAUCCCCCGUCCAGAUGACCUUUCUUCUGCCUCGCAACCAACUUGGAGCGAGAUAUCAUCUUUCGUGAACCUCCACACAAUCAAGAACGCAGGCAUCGACAUCGACACCGGUAUCGAAACAGCAGCCCUCGACGCUCUCCUCCCAAAAACCACAGAAACAGUCUCCAUCCAAGACUACCGCCUCCCCCAAGAUCCCACCGAAAGCCCUUCUACCCCUUCCACCCCCCUCGACCUCACCAUCAUUCGACCGGGAGAUUCCUGCCCACGCUGCGAUUCAGGCGCGUUAUCAGUCCAGAAAGCCAUCGAAGUCGGCCACACAUUCCACCUAGGGACUCGGUACUCCGCACCGCUCAACGCCAUGGUGACCGUCCAUCCGAACCCGCAACCCGUCCCCAUCGAGAUGGGCUGUCAUGGCAUUGGCGUCUCCCGACUCAUAGGCGCCAUGGCGUCGCUCAUGUCGGACUCGAAGGGCCUCAAUUGGCCGCGCGCUGUUGCGCCGUUUGAGGUUGCGAUUGUGUAUACUUCGCGUUCGAAUGUUGUGGAGGAGGAGUUGACGGAGGUGUAUGAUGUGCUUAGCAGGAAUGAGGGAGAGGGGAAUAGUGGUGUCGAUGUGGUACUGGAUGAUCGGAGUAUCAAGAGUCUGUCGUGGAAGCUGAAUGAUGCGGAUUUGAUUGGGUAUCCGAUUAUCGUUGUGUUCGGGAAGGCGUGGGCAGAGACGAAGCAAGUGGAAUUGCAAUGUCGCCGGCUGGGCGUGAAGAAGAAUGUGGAUGUUGCUGAGCUGAGGAAGAGCGUCACAGAGUUGUUGGAGCAGUUGUGAUGAUAGUGGAAAGGUGGAUAUUUGAAGUGUACGAUAGGAAUGUAUAUCUAUUGUAUUUGAUCAUGAUGUCAUUGGG